CAUUUUGAAUACGGACGGCCACUAAACAUGUUAAGUUUUAUAAGAAGAGGAACUGAGAGAUAGAAAGGCGACGAUGGGUGUCGAUUUGGCAGUGUACCGUGCACGGGUAGGCUUAUUUGUGCCUCGACCAGUGAAUGGUAUAUUAACAAACAUUGGAUACCUGUACAAAGCUAUCGCCAGUGUCCGGGGAGCCUUGACAUGUAACAAGAUGAACAGAGAUGGGGCUGUUCCAUUUAUUGAACUACUGUUGAUGGCACAAGGAAUUGAACCUAACCCAGGACCACAAAAGAGAAAUCAACAAUCGUCUACAGAUGAACAGAGUGAAGACACAGGUGAUACUAACAUCAGGAUGGGCUUUAACGUAAAUCCAGAAAGUGUUGAGGGGAUACGGCAGUUAAUGGAGUCUCUACAGCCGAUAGGCAAUCCUAGUGACCAAGACAGUCCAAAUAGUGAGGGUGCAGUUGCAGUAGCCAUACCUGGCCAGUCUGGAGCUGUUGCCAUGCCAACUAAUGUGACUCCAGUGGCUGUCUUCCAAUAUGUUGACAAUCGAAACUAUAAAGAAGAAAUUAAUGUUGAAAAUAUGAAAGUGAAACGCGCUGAGAAUGUAAAUACUGGAGAACAGACUGUAAUCCAUGCCGGACCAGCAAAUGGAAGUGAAGUUCAUUCCACUCCGAAAUUGAAAAAGAAAAGUCCCAAAAGAAUUUUGCUUGAAGAUAAUGCCGAAACAAUGUUAAAACGACACAUCGAAGAAACAGCCAAUAUACUGGUCACGAGGACAGCAGCGGAAAAAGCAGUUGUCGAACGUAUAAAGGAUUACCAUAUGGUUGUCAUAUCUGGAGUAACGGGAGAAGGGAAGACAACUCUGGGUAGAGAAAUAUGUAAGAAGUUAAGAGACGGCAACCUUGACGAAUCUAUCAAUUGUAAAACACCCGUACUUAUCACAGUUCCACAGGACUGGAGUGACGUCGUCAAUGACAAAGAUGAUAUCGUAGUAUUUGUAGAUGACAUAUUUGGGAAAACCAACUACCAGACAGGGCUUUUGAAUGGAUGGUCACCAUUUUUUGAUAGAAUAUUACAAUGUUUACACAAGGGUAAUGUUUGUUUGGUAAUGACUUCUCGCACGCAUAUACUUAAAGAUGCCAGGCGAGAAUCAGGUGUAUUGAGCGAAAUGAUAAGUGACCAUAUUCUCUCUGAAAAGAAAACCGUAGAUUUGACUGUCGACCACAAAUUAACAUAUAACGAACGUUUAGAUAUCUACAAUAAGCAUUCUAAUCAACGACAGGCUGGCGGGCACGUUAUGUCUACCAUGCUCCUUACAUAUCAUGAAAUUCGUCGCUUUCCGUCAAAUAUUUCUAUAGGUUUUGCUCAAAUUUGUAAUCUCUUCUUUACCAAUGACACAUUUUUUGAGAAAGGGGAAAAGUUUUUCAGAAAUCCUCUCCGAAUGCUCACGGAGGAGAUAGAGAGAAUGAGACUCACUGAACCUCACAAGUACUUUGCGCUAGUAUAUUGUUUCCUUAAUGACCAAACCCUAGAUAGCAGAAAGCUAAAUCGUCUAAAAAUGGAAAAAGAUGAUUAUGAGAAUUUGAAGGUAUUAGCAGAGGUUUGUGGCGUCAUACAUACUGGAAAUGUAUUGGCAAUGCUCAAAGACGGACUGAAUGCACUAGAUAGAACAUAUCUAACCAGACAAAAUACAGUGUUCACUUUUGGUCACCAAUCAAUUGCAGACAGCGUUAGUCUUGUCUUCGGAAAAGAAAACCCAGAAUUGAUUUUGGAAAAGUGUAGCAACCGUGUGAUAUUGGAACAGCUUGAUGUUUCGGGAGCUGAAAAACCUGAUAUGUGUACAUUGCACGUGCCUCCCGAUAGCUUCCAUCAUCUUGUAAAACGAAUGUGCAAGAUGAUUUUGGAAGACAAUGAUUACAAUCGAAUAACAUUAAAAUCAUUCCCAAGGUUCCGUAAUCAAAAGUUUGCGGAUUGUCUUUUUGAGUACAUCACCACCACACACGACGUCGCAAAAGGCUUCCUCAGGGCUAAUUCUACUUUAUUAGACUCUUGUGAAAACAAUGUCUUCUUUCUGCGAUCAUAUUUUAAGUUCAAAGUUGAUGAGCUCACUGUCAAAGAGAACGGUAUUUUAGCCUUCACAAGAGCGUUACAAAGAACUCUGAUGUCAUCUCUGGAACAUAAAAACACAGAAUCAAUGUCGAUUCUGCUGAGCAAUGGAGCAUUUUGCACUACAAAAUGUCUUCAAUUAGCAAUUAGUUCAAACGAUGUCAAUUUGGUAGAGUUUGUGUUGUCAAAGAAUACCUGGACAAAGUCUGAAGUCAAUGAGACUAUCAGCGACAACACUCCAGGUGACUUGUGUGAUACUCUUGAGAGGACGGCAAGUAUGUGCAAAGUACAAUUGUUAUGGAGUCAAUAUAAACAACAAAAAACAUACAUGAUAGAGAAAAUAAAAAAUCUCUCCAAUUGGAGUCCUAAAGACAUGGCAAAAUCUGCAGAGAAAAUGGACUUUGACUCAUUACAUGCUAUAUUUCAGACUUGUGAAUUGCAGGAGCAUUACUAUCAUCUGUUUGAAAUAAUAUUGAACUCAAAACAUAAGAGAUUAAGUGACGCUAUUGCAGUUAAAAGGAUAUUGGGACACAUGGACGGGGGAAUAGUGAAACGUGCUUUACAAAGUUGUAAUUUGGACAUAUUUCGUUUUUUACUUUUCUCGUCAAAUGUAGAUACAGCGCAACUAAACUCGAUGGUGUCCGAAGCCAUACAUCUUAACAAAACAGACCAUCUAGAAGUUCUAAUCAAAGCAGGUGGGCAACCGUCUCAUGAUGCCUUUGUGAGAAAGGCAGGAACGAAUUUCGUGGGAGUUGAGGAUGUUGUUGGAACGAUAAUGGAAACGGUGUCUUGGACACAAACACAGCUUAAUGAUGCACUAGACGAAGCCAUUAAGUCAGGUUCAUAUGCGUCCAUAAAAAUCCUUUUUGAAGGUGGAGCACGGUUUAUGGCAGAUGCAUUGGUAAAUGUAUCCAAACGACAGUAUGAUCCACUGAUAAUAAGUGAAGAAGAAAUGACUUUUGAAGAAGAGCUCCAACUCCUUAUUGAAAUGUUAAAUGGAAAUAAAAAAGAAGAAGAAGAAAAUGUUCCUGUUACAGUUUCAUUUGUUUUCUCGAAACAUAAAUGGGUACCAAGACAGAUUACUGAAGCACUUAAUGUUGCAGUGGAAUGGGGACCACUUGGAACAGUGAAGUUUCUGGAGAACAAUGGAGGAACUUUCCAAAGCGGUGCACUGUUAGCUGCAGUAAGAAGGACACGUGAUACACUCAAAACUGUUAAGUUUGUGAGAAAGUCAGAGAAAUGGUCAGUAGACCAACUAAGCGAUGCCUUACACGAGUCUUUAGUCCUUUGUAGGUCUGAUGUUGCUCUGUACUUAUUUACUAUGGGAGGACAGUUCAAUGAUUCGAGUUUAUUGAAUGUUCUUGGAUGGCAUGUUGAACAUCAUGUUCAGAUAAGGCUCUUGAAGAUCAUUCUUCUAUCUCGUACAUGGUCACCUGAUUUGCUUGCUGAAGCCAUUCAAUUUGCAUGUGAAACAAAUGGCCCUUCAAUCUACGCAAUUUUGGGUGUUCCGGAAAUAUCAGGAAUACUUGACAAAGAUAUUCUAUUAAACCUACCAGAGGUUCAAGAGUUAAAGAAAACAAAAAUACAGUUUUUGAAAUGUGAAGGUAUGACAGAUGAGCUUACAAUAGUCUUGAAUAAGGAAAUAAAAGAAGGUUGCAUAGAUAUCGUUGAACACCUCACUCGCGAGAUGAAUAUUCCAUGCGACAAUGACAGCUUAUCAAAUGCUAUGGAUAACACUCGGAACUACCAGAGCUACAACAGACUGAAAAUGGUCAGCCUAGUGCAGGAAUCAAGAGACUGGUCGGAUGACUUGCUGAUGAAGGCGUUGGACAAAGCUGUGAAACUUGGGUAUACUGAUGUGAUAUUCUACUUACAUGAUCACGGAGCCAUGUUCAGUGACCAAAGUCUAGAGUACGCCAUUGUUGAUAAAAAUAUGGCGUAUGAUACGUACGGUUUAGUGAUUUAUAUGAUGAAGUCCCGUCAGUACAAUAAACAGCAGAUGGACAAUGCCUUACAGAAGUCUUUAGAAGUUGGACAUUUUCAGCUCGUAUCCAUGUUUCAUGAAAGAGGAGCAGAAUUUACAGGCAAAAGCCUACAGAACGCUAUUCAUAAAAUGUGGAAAACAACCGAAAGGCUUCCAGCAGUACAGUUUGUAUUGAGGGCAAGGGAGUGGGAUGCAAUUGAGAAGAACGACGCCCUGUUGAGCGCUGUAAGAUUAGGUGAUGUAAGAGUUAUUGGUUGUCUUCUCAGAUGUGGAGGAGAAGUUUCCAACCGAUGUUUGUCAGAAAUUCUACAUAAGAAAUGUAAACCAUCUCACCGCCUGUCUAUCAUCAGACUCCUUCUCUCUGGUUCCACUUCUCUGUCACAGGAACUACUUAGAAAUGCGUUGGAAAAGGCUAGAAAACUGUCGGAACCUAAAGUCGAAGAAUACAUCCAACAGCUUGUGUGUUAGAAAAUCUUUAUAGACAGUCUGUUAAAAACACGUGGAAUUUGAUGUCGUGUCAUAAAGUUUAUGUUAUAUAAAUGUAUCAUGAACGAUAUAAAUACAUACAAUGGAGGAAGGCAGGCAACUAUUUAUCAUCUGCAAGAUGGGACGACAAGACAGUAUACAUUGUAAGACGGGGAAAAGUGCAUUACAUAGAUCAUUAUUAUAUUUGUAUAUAUGGCAUAUAUUAUGAAUAUCGAUUGACAUGAUAUCAGUUAAAUUUCCUAACGAAAACAUCAUAGAAAGCUGUAUCAUUAGAAUGUUUAAUCCUGCAAGACUCGACAAAGUUGUUGACAGCACUGCUUCUUUCGCUGACAUGUAUGACAAAAUUGCACAUGAUGACUAAUUUACUGUCACUUGGUUGUAAGUAAAUUAGCUGAACAUAAUGAUAUCCUGUACUGAAUAAUGUUAUCCUGUCACUUGACUAUACUGAAAAUUGUGAUACCCAAUCAGUAGAAUGUAUAUGCAUUAAAAAUGUCAUUUUAGUGCCACUAGUGUGCACUCAAUAACAUGCUAUGUCAUCACCAGAAUGCAUUAGAUAAUGUGCUUAAGUUUCUAGACUGUAAUGUGAUAUCCAGUUACUAUACUUCAGUUUGUUUUAUUAUACAAUACGUGGUUAGAAAUCGGACGAUAAUGACGCUGUAAAGGUAAAUAUAUAUCAUAUCGUAUAUAUCACAUAAUCAGCUUAUUAUGCAGUAAAUUCACUCCAGUAUUAUUGUGUAUAAGUCACUAAUGUUGUAUACCCUGGAACGGUUUUCAUUGGCUGCGCCAGUCAGAAAUCGGUGGUGUCAUAAUAUGGACAAUGGUAAUACAUCAUGAAUUGGAAAAGCCACAGCAAAAAGUUGCCUCCGCUUGAAUUUGUCAUCCACACUUUUACUUUGAACAUUUCAAAAUAUACGCUUUCAUUGUUACGUGAUAAAACAUAUCUCAGAUUUGUUUUCAUUUCAUAUGAGAUUGUAUAGAACUCAUCUUGUAUAUAUCAUAUUUAUAAGAUCUCAAGUAAGUUUUCAUUUUAAACGAGGUUUGAAAGUUAUUAUUUUUCCUCGCAAAGGCUUGCACAAAUAAAGACUUUUAAGACUUGCAUAAAACAAAAUCUAAGACUCCUUUCAUCAAAUCUCAUUUGAAAUGAAAUCUCAUUAGCGAUCUUAAGAAUAUGAUAUCAAAAUAUACACUAACUACACGGUGAGUGGUGAAGGUAUCCUGGUGUUCCUAUAAUUGGCAUCUUCGAUACGCCAGGGGUUCCGAUCACUUUCGCUCUCUGCACCCCUUGAACCAUCCUCGAUAUCCCUGGGGUUACGAUCACUUUCGCUCUCUGCACCCCCUUGAACCGUCCUCGAUACUCCAGGGGUUCCGAUCACUUUCGCUCUGUGCACAUCUUGAACAUGUUAUGUCAACAUUGAAGGUUCCAUGCGCUAAACCUUGUGGACAAGACAAAAGACUAGUGUGAUCCUUUGAUGUUCAUCAAACGAAUUUCGAGAUCACAUUACAGUUCAUCGUAUUGACUUUGAAGAUGGGUGUUGCGACUUUGAAAUCAUCAAAACGAGUAUAUCAGCAUGUGAUUGGUCGUUUUUUUUUCUCCUGGUACCAAUCAAAUAACAUGUACCUUUAUUUUUGUCAUAACAUGUUUCACGGGUGCAGAGAACGAAAGUUAUCGAAGCCCCAGGAGUAUCGAAAAUGUAUUAUUUGGGUACGACAAAAUUAGUUUAUCUCACACUUACUGCGUGACAUUGGGCCUUACCUUUGUAUCAUAUUUGUUAAAUCAUGUUAACAUGUUUUUGUAGAUUUUUCACAAUCUUUACGAAUAAUU